UGUCUGCAGCACAUUCACUCCGCCGUACACCUUGACAGGCUGCACCAUCUCAGGACGAGCUCAGCUUGACGUCUUCGCCCAGGAUGGACAACGUGUAUGAGAACCCAGACUCCAUCUACGAGAACGAGUCGGGCACAUACGACCUGGUCCACGAGUCCGUUCCGUAUAUGUCAACGCAGUAUGAGAACACGGGACCAGACGGGAGAAUAGAGACUCCCCCUGGUCAUCGCCGUUCCUCAAAGGAGAGGAGAGGUAGUGGUAGUUCGUCCUCAUCCUCAUCCUCCUCCUCAUCUGAAGAAGAAGAAGAGAAACACGAAGAAGAGAAGGAAGAAUCAGAGAAGGAAGACUCAGAUAAAGAAUCUGAUAAAGAAUCCGAGAAAGAAUCUGAUAAAGAAUCAGAGAAAGAAUCUGAUAAAGAAUCAGAGAAAGAAUCAGAUAAAGAAUCAUCAUCAGAAGAAGAAGAAGAGAAGAUAGAGGUGGAGACCAGCAGAGAAAUUAACUGGACCAGGGCACCUCCGCAGAUAGAGGUAGACUCAGCACGCCGAUCCCGAUCCUCAUCUUCAUCUUCAUCAGACUCUGAGAAGGAAGAAGCACUGAAGCCUCAAGACAACGCAAACCAGAUCACUCUUUUUGUAAAGGCUGGGAGUGAUGGGGAGAGCCUUGGAAACUGUCCGUUCUCCCAGCGCCUCUUCAUGAUCCUGUGGCUUAAAGGAGUAGUUUUCAAUGUCACCACUGUGGACCUCAAGAGGAAACCUGCUGAUCUUCACAACCUGGCGCCAGGGACACACCCGCCCUUCCUCACUUUCCAGGGCGAGGUUCUCACUGAUGUCAACAAAAUCGAGGAGUACCUGGAGCAGACGUUGACUCCACCAAAGUAUCCCAGACUCGCAGCGAGGAACCGUGAGUCCAACACAGCAGGAAACGACAUAUUUGCCCGGUUCUCAGCUUACGUCAAGAACACAGCGGCAGAUAAAAAUCAAGCCUUGGAGAAGGGUCUAAACAAGGCCUUGGCUCAGCUGGAUGAGUACCUGAUGAGUCCGCUGCCUGAUGAAUCUCAGAGGGCAGAAUCCGCCCGCAAAUACCUGGAUGGAGAUGAAUUGACGCUGGCUGACUGCAACCUCCUCCCCAAACUUCAUGUCGUCAAGGUGGUAGCAAAGAAAUACAGAAGAUACAGCAUCCCGUCCGAAUUCAGUGGGGUGUGGCGCUACCUGAACAACGCCUACCGCCGGGACGAGUUCACCAACACGUGCGCGGCUGACAAGGAGAUCGAGCUGGCCUACAAGGACGUGGCCAAAAGGCUGGGAAAAUGAAUCCACAUCCGACAGCUUUGUCCUCCAUUCAAUAAAUAAAUAAUAAAUGAAUCCACUGAAUCGUUUCAAACAGAAGAGGGGCCGACAUGCAGCAGUGGACACAGACCUGAAUCGAAACUGUGCCCCUGACUUGAAGUUGCACACUGCAGUGUAUGAGGCCACGCCCAUGAUUCAACGAUCUGAUGAAAGUAGCUUGGUUAGCAUAAUUGUAAUUUUCCAAAAAAGCUAUUUAACUUUUAUUUAUAGUGGGGAAAAGUGUCUGAAGUUUGCAUUUUAUGCAACUGUCCAAUCAUAUCUUAGAAAUCAUAAGGACCUCAGGCCUUUGGGUUUCUCACAACGCUGAAGUAGCGAUUGGCUUUUCCAAAACCAAAGGCACAAUAAGGAAAAUGUAAAAAGAAUAAUUAAAUACUGUGUUAAUUUAUCUGCCUACCACAAAGCAAAUAAUUAGUUAACUUUUAUCUUUUCUCUGAGGAAUGCAGUAUUAGCUUUUGUCUUUUUCGCAAAAAAAGAAAAAAAAAGAUCAUAUGUGUGGUUAUGAUAUGGGUUCAUGUUUUAAAAACUGGUUUCAGGCAGCUCGUGGAACAACAGUGAGCCAAACGUGCUAUCUCAUAACCGCUAUCAAAAUCUGUUGCAGGGGUCAAAGUUGACUUUUAAUGUCGGUCCUUACAUAAAUGUCACAUCUUUUCAUUCAUAUCUUCAUAAUUCAGAUUAUACUUUCAAUCAGUCAGAGCCACCUGUAUGAGCAGAAAUUGCGUCCUCUGUGAUUUAUUGGAAACCAAUGGUUGUAAAUGUCAUUUUAAUCAUGAGUGCCUUACUGGGAAUCAAGCUCAACUCUGCCUUCAGCUCUGUAUGUCUGUACAACUGUCAAUUGUGUAUGUUUUAAACAGAAUAAUGAUGUGAAUAUUUCAUGUUAUCAAAUGACUUCUCCUUAGUUGUUGCGCUGUGUGAUAAUAAUAUAAAAUGUCUGUGAUCAGCAGCAAUAUUCUUUCUGAUGAUUGGAGCCAUGCCUGUGUAUACUAUGUUGCUUAUUUGAAUAUUAAAUCUAUUUUCUCAGAGACUGA